AUGGCAAUAUGGUUUGACAGUAAGAAAUACUACAAGGAAAAAGCAUUGGACAAAAUUCAACAUCUACUGAUAGUAAAAACUCAACAAAGUGGAUAUGAAGGGAAGAUAACUCAACACAAUAAAACACAUUUAGGGACACCCAGGACUCCAAGAUGGUGUUGUUCAUCCAUACCAGUGAAGGAAAAGAAGCUCAUGGAGGUGAAACUAGGAGAGUUGCCAGGCUGGAUACAGAUGCAGGAUUUUACCCCUAAGGGCAUUGCUGGAACAUUUCAAAAAGGUUACUACUGGUAUUACAGCAAGUAUAUCAAUGUGAAGAAAGGGUGUGUUGCUGGGAUUUCUAUGGUGCUGGCUGCUUAUAUGCUUUUCAACUACUGUCAUUCUUACAAGGAGCUCAAACAUGAAUGGUUAUGCAAGUACCACUGA